UUUAUAGUUAAAUAGAAAGGAGCACUUCAUUUACAGACAUCCAAAAUUCUGAAGAGUGUUGGCUAUGGAUUCACAGUGCACACCGGGAAAGAUAAGUAUCUCUGAAAGGUCCAUCCUUUCAGGAACAAAGGCCGUUGAGAACAUAGAUUACCCACACUACUGUAAUCUCUUACGAAAAAUGAACAUGCCUUUUGUGAAAGGAGUUGAGGACAGACAUGACUAUGGCAGAAUUGAAAAGAAAUGCAAUUCUACUUUUCUGAAGUUUCACCCUUAUCCGCCUUCAAUCCUGCCAGAUUAUCAUCUACACUAUCCUUAUCCCCCACCGUAUGGGCAAGAUUAUCCAUUAUUUCCACUUCGGGAUGACGUGCCCUUGGGCGAUCCCUGUUCAGGGUUUUUGAGUCCUGGAGGUGAUGCUGAUUUAAAACCUGGCAUUGGCAGAACUAUGCCAAGCCUGGUGGAUUUCAGUGAUGUGAAACCACAACAUCGAGUUCCCAGGCCAGACACAGGAUUCCAAACAACACUGAAAAGGAAAAAACUUUUAUUAGAACUGAAACAAGACAGGAGAUGGAAUUCCAGGGCAACACCAGAUGUUUCCAUCAGAGCAAGACUCGGAGGUUGGACAAGCCCGCUGAAAGUUACUCCUUCACAACCUCGCCACGAAGCGUGCUCGAUAAAUCACACAUAUUCAUUUAACGAAGAGGCAACAUGUGCAGAGGAUGGAGAACCGCUUUUACAGCCAAACAGGAACUAUAACGCAAAGAACUCAUUUUACAAGUCCUCGACACAAAAAGCUUACGAAGUUGUUCCUUGGGACAAGAUGCUACCACCGAAACUCGAUCCCGAAGAAACCACGGUAGAAAAAGCUGCUGACCCGAUUUCACAGUGCUUUACCCUGAAAAGAUAUGAAGGGGCACCGGCAAUAACCCAGAUGGUUGGUGGACUCUGGGACAGAUUUCAAACAAGAUCUUUCUUGGCACCCAUCAAGCCAGUUACUUUUGUGAGUCCAAGUACCAGAAGCAAAUACAUCCCUCUUUAUACGGGUUGUGUGCAGGCCACAAGCGCCGAUGACGUUGACAACCCCUUUGCAGAUGUCAUGUCCCUCGCCAAGCCUCGGGCCUCCAGCAUUCUUUCUACAAACACAAGUGGCUCCGCCAAUAUCCCGGGAUACACCGGUAAGGUUCAUUUCACUGCCAGACACCCAGCAAAUUCUGAUAUUCCAUCAACGGUCCCAUCGCCAGACUCAGGAGUACACUGCAUCUUACGGAAAGAAAUGGCAGUUGACCUCUUCCGUCACCAGGCACCGCUGUCUCGAAUGGUCACGACCGUAAAACCCUGCAAUCCCUUCAAUAAGAAGGAAAUGGAAAGUGUAGGCUACUGACAAAGGCCUGCCUUCUGAGCAAGACUUAUAAUGUUCAGCCUUGGGGAGGAACCAUGCACGGUGCGAUGGGGAAAUAAAAGACCCAGGCGUGUUCCGGGUGUGUCCACAGAG